GAAUCGCGUAAUGGCGGACACAGACCGGGCGAGCGCGGCUGGGGGCGUAGCGCAUUGAGGGGGGUCCGGCUGUGUGGCAGCCCGCUAGGCGGUCGGCGGGAGCAGGUCCCGUGCUGAGAUAGGGUGGCUGGCCGGCUCUUCCUGUCUCUGAGGGCGACUGCGCGAGGCCAGGUUGUUUUUCAUCAUUCAGAACAUUGCCUGAAGCAGGUCCACCAUGCCGUUAGUAACAAGAAACAUCGAGCCAAGGCACCUGUGCCGUCAGACGUUGCCUAGCGUUAGAAGCGAGCUGGAAUGCAUGACCAACAUCACCCUGGCAAAUGUCAUCCGACAGCUGGGCAGCCUGAGUAAAUAUGCAGAGGACAUUUUUGGAGAGCUCUUUACUCAGGCAAAUACCUUUGCCUCUCGGGUAAGCACCCUUGCUGAGAGGGUUGACCGACUACAAGUUAAAGUCACUCAGCUGGAUCCCAAGGAAGAGGAAGUGUCACUUCAAGGAAUCAACACCCGAAAGGCUUUCAGAAGCUCUACCAUUCAAGACCAGAAGCUUUUUGACAGAAAUUCUCUCCCAGUGCCUGUCUUGGAAACGUACAAUACCUGUGAUACUCCGCCCCCUCUCAACAAUCUAACCCCUUACAGGGAUGAUGGAAAAGAGGCACUCAAAUUCUACACCGACCCUUCAUACUUCUUUGAUCUUUGGAAGGAGAAGAUGCUGCAGGACACCAAGGAUAUCAUGAAAGAGAAGAGAAAGCAUAGGAAAGAAAAGAAAGAUAAUCCAAAUCGAGGGAAUGUAAACCCACGUAAAAUUAAGACACGUAAGGAAGAAUGGGAGAAAAUGAAGAUGGGACAAGAAUUUGUGGAGUCCAAAGAAAAGCUGGGACCUUCUGGGUAUUCACCCGCCUUAGUGUACCAGAAUGGCAGCAUUGGCUCUAUUGAAAAUGUGGAUGUAGGCAGCUAUCCACCACCACCACAGUCAGACUCCACCUCAUCACCUUCACCUUCUUUCUCUGAGGACAACUUGCCUCCCCCACCAGCAGAAUUCAGCUACCCAGCAGACAACCAAAGAGGAUCUGGCUUGGCCGGACCCAAAAGAUCCAGCGUGGUCAGCCCGAGCCACCCACCCCCAGCUCCUCCACUGGGUUCUCCACCAGGCCCCAAACCUGGGUUUGCUCCACCACCUGCCCCUCCACCUCCACCUCCAAUGGGCAUCCCACCUCCACCACCACCUGUAGGAUUUGGGUCUCCAGGGACCCCUCCACCACCUUCACCCCCAUCUUUUCCACCUCACCCUGACUUUGCCGCCCCUCCCCCUCCUCCCCUGCCACCUGCAGUGGACUACCCUACUCUGCCACCACCUCCCCUGUCCCAACCAGCAGGCAGUGCACCUCCCCCUCCCCCACCCCCUCCCCCUCCAGGACCUCCACCUCUCCCUUUCAGUGGUGGGGAUGGCCAGCCUGCCAUACCACCACCGCCGCUUUCUGAUGCCACUAAGCCCAAGUCCUCCUUGCCUGCUGUGAGUGAUGCCCGUAGCGACCUGCUUUCUGCCAUCCGUCAAGGCUUUCAAUUGCGCAGGGUUGAAGAGCAGCGGGAACAAGAGAAGCGUGAUGUUGUGGGCAACGACGUGGCCACCAUCCUGUCACGUCGUAUUGCUGUUGAGUACAGUGACUCGGAAGAUGACUCUUCUGAAUUUGAUGAGGACGACUGGUCGGAUUAACUCUUUGUGCCUGCUGCCCACCUUUUCUUUCCUUCCUACCUUCCUUUUUUUUUUUUUUUUUGAUGUCUACCCCAACAGUCCCAUGGGAGGGGGGAGAAAAAAAAGAAUUUCAAGGGCCAAAGCCUUCCCUGAAGCAACCAAAGAUAUAUCCAAGUGCUUCCUCCAAAUCAACAUGUAUUUUCUCUCCCUAUUGUCAAGUGCAUGGGCUUCUGAGUUUCGUAGCUGAGAUGUUCCCUCUUCCUUCAAAUGACUGUUGCAUAUUGAAAGGAAGGAAAACCCCCGAAGCAGAUUCCUUUGAUUGGGCUUCAAAUGGAAAUGGUGCUCUCCCCUAGGGCCCGUUUUUAACUGUGGCCCUCAGCUGCUUCGAAUCAUGCCAACCAUCUUCUGGUCCUAAAGUAGUGAGAGCAGACUUUGUGGACAUGGCUGCCUCCUUUCCUGUGUCCUGAGAGGCAGAGUAGGCUGAGUGCCCCAAAGUCAGACUGCCUCUUGUCCCUUCCUGCUCUCUGCCCUAAUCAGCAGUGGGGGGCUGCCUUUUACUCAGCGGUCUUUUAGACUGGGAAACCAUAUUUUAUUCCAGGAGGUAACAGACCACUAGAGUGUCUCUUCCACUCUUCCUGGAAACAAGGCCUCUGAAGACUGAGGCUGUUACCUCCCUCCUAAACUCCCUCUUAUUGAGUGUGAUGGUAAAGUGUCCUUUAAAUGCCCCUUCCUUGCCCUUAGGUGCCUUCAGGCUAUGUCGCCCAGGUUUAACCUCUAAUAUCCAUGACCAAACUAGCCCUGACACACAGGGACCUGGGCUUCUGCUGCCUGUCAGGAGCAAAGCUUAGAGACUUGAAACUACAGAACUAGAAUUAUGGUAGAAUUCCUUGGGUUCUGCCCUCCUAAGGAUGCUGAGGCCUAGACAUGGGAAGUGACUUGCUCAAGGUCACACAGUUGGAUAGUAAUGGAGCAAGAGCCCAGACAUCCUGAUUCCAAGUCACCUGUGCUUUCUGGGACCAAAUAAUGGGCACCUGCUGGAGUCUGGGCAGAGCAGUCUUGGCUCUGUGCUACUCCAGACCUCCCCAUAGGCAGGGGUCCCAGUCGGAGGGCUCAGGGCCUGUGCCAGCCCUGUCAGUGCUGCUCAGACCCUUAUAGCCUCUUUUGUAACCCUUUGUUGCCCCUUCCUAUCACCAGCCAACCACAUGGCCUAGAAGCUGUGCUUCUGGGAAACCAGAGUAGGGAGAAAAAGAAGAGGGCAGGCAGCCUUGACAGGUGCUGUUUUCAGUUCUGCUGCAACUCCUCCCCCUUUUAUUUCCCCAUUUUAAGCAUAGGUUCUGCCAGCUGUAGAAACUUGAGUCCCUCAGGCUGGCAGCAGCCCCAGGUACCUGCCUGGGGAUGGUGGGGGGCAGGUGCCUGGCAGUCAUGAAAAGGGUUGAAGGUGGAGGGACUCAGGUCCCCACUUACUGCACAUGGUGAUGUUCAUUCCCCCACCCCCAGCCCCUUCCCAGAGCUCAUACACAGGUGCUGUUAUUUAGGAAAAAACUGGUCAGCUCUGGCCAACAGCAAGGUUUCUCUCUUCUGCCCCAACAAUUGUGUAGCCUCUCAUGCUGAAAUCAGUUUCUCCGGCUUUCAGAGCCUGAAACAAAGAGAAACAGGAUCUGUCUUUACCCAGCACAGCAAAUGGUUGUAGUAAUUGCCAAAGCCCUCAUAAACCCCUCCAGCUUGAGGAGAGUAUAAUCGUGGGCACUGCUGCCUGUCUUUGCUGAAUACCUCCCUCUGCCUCCUUCUUGAACUUGGGAUAUGGGGAGAGCCUGCAAGUGCCAGCAGAUGCUCCUGCUGCAGCUGCUCCAGAGUGUGCUCUCCUCCUCCUACUCCUCAGAUAGGGUGUAUCAGGCACAGGGCUUGGCACCCAGCUCCAUGCUGAGCACACCAGGCUGGGCCUUUCCAACCAUGUCCCCCACUUGCACUUUGGAAGCCGAAGUUGCUUUUAUCAGAACCCUGAAAUGACUGUUGAAGGUGCCCCUGCUGCAGCCCAGCAGCGGCUGGAGAGGCAGGCGGAGGGCAGUGUUUCUCCCAAAUAGGAGUCCUGGGGCCUGGCCAGGCCAGGGUUUGGGCCUAAUGGCUGUGAGUAAAUUACCCCCAUCCUCCUCCUUUCCGGAAAAGGGGGAGCCAGAGCCACUCACUAUCAUUCUGCUCUGACCUUGAAGGGGGCGGUGUUGGCCUGGCUUCUGGAAUGGACAGAGUCCACCGCGGAAAGGACUAGGGGCAGGAGGAGGUGGGGAGGGGCCCUGCCUGCGGAAGGUAGGAUUAGAUCAUUAGCUCAGUGACCUCCUAGGGUUUCGAUGUGCUGUGUUCUCAUCCUACAGCUGGUUUGGUAAUGAUCUGCAAGUCCCGGAGAGCAACAGCACAGCUCUGCCUGACGCUCUCAUUAAAAUCUAUGCAGCCAAGCCCGGCGCUUUGUAGCAGCCGGCCUUGCGAAGCCUCCUCAGCUCGGGGGGGCUGGGGACCCAGUCAGCUGAGAGGCCCUCUGGGCUCUACUUAUGCAUAUGUGCACACACACACACAAAAUGUGCUUCUUGAAACCCAAAGCCCUUUAAGAUGAUAAAGGAUCCAGUGCAGGUAGAUGUGUCUUUAGAAUCUUAUAAUUGUAGAAUACAAAGUUUAGUGAUUAUUUAAACCAAGAAGCUGAGGCUGGUGAGAGAAUUAACAAUGGCCUGUGAGGACUCAAACCCCAAAGCCAAGGAGCCACCUUCCUUCCUGGUCUGCCCAGCCCAGCCCAGCCCAACCCAGGGGACCUGCCCCCAUUCCUGUGGCCCAGGGGCCCAGCUUCCAAUAGGCAGUGUCAGAAGUGACUUGUGGCUUUGCCUUGGUCGUGAGAUGAUUUCAUUCCAAAGGAGCAGGCGGGUGGGGGGGGGGUUUGAUCCCUUGGAGGCUCAGAGCAGCUGGCCCAAGCUCCAGCUUGCCUCCAGUGGAAGCUUGAGCGCCCUCAGAAACGACCCUGGCCAAUGUCACCGCAGAGCCGAGGCGCUGUUGUCAGGGCUAAUGUGAAAUCUCUUCCCGUGGCGCCGAUCCUCCGACUCUGCAGCGCCAGCUUGGACAGAUUGAGGUCUCUGUGGCUUUGGUGACCCUGCUUAUGCAUUCCCACCGUGUCCCUGCUCUGCUUUCGGAAUGCCUCCCUCUGCAGCCCCUCACCUGACCUCAGGGCCUGGGGAAGGAGGCAGUGCACCAGGGCCAGGCGCUUCUGCUCAGGAGAGUUGUCUGCCUUCCUGGGGGGCAUCAGGCUUUGAGCUCUGCCAGGAUGCAGCUGGCCAGGGUCCAGCUGAUCUGGGACCAGGUGUCCCUCAGAAAAAUGCCUCACUCUGUGCCUCCUGCUAUACUUACUUUAACAGUGCCUCAGUGAGGGCAAGGGACAGUUCUGUUACUGUAUUAACUUCAUUCAGUUAAUUCACUUGAGAAACUAACCAAUUUUUACUUUCUGUCUAGAAUGAUGUACGUGUAGAAGAGUAAGCUGUAAUGCUCCCAAAGUGCCUUGUUUUUUCUGAUAUAAAUAUAUUUAUAAGGACAUAUUCCAGUGGGUUCUUGGAUAUGCUUGCCACAUGAAGAUUUUUAGGGAGUGAGCAAGUAUAGUGGGCAUAUUGUCUGAAUACAGGCCCCUUUUCCCUGAGGGUGGGGAAGAGGGAGACUUCAGUUGGAAAUCCAAGCAGUGGGGUUAAGUCAAACCCCCAAAGUGACCCUUUCCUCCUUUGCCCUGUUCUUCUCAGACCCUAGAAGGAUACCUAAUUGUUUAAAUCCCUGCAGCUUCAAGCCUGGUCUCAUUUGCUUUCCUGCCAGGCUCAUGUGUGUACACCUGUAUCCAGUGACCUGAAGGUUCCAUGUAACUAUUAUAUGUAUACACAUGAAUACUUAAAUGCCAAUAUUUUCAAUAAUUUGAUAAAGUCUUUGUAGUCACUCAGCCA